GAAGUGGAGUUUUGUGCUCACUGGCUAAAGCUUCUGUUGUCCCUUCUCCAUGCUACUUGGUAGAAAGCUAAUGAGUAAUAGAACAUAUGAGAGAUGAAUAUUAGCCUAAUGAGCAGAGGAAAAUAGGACUGUGAGGAAACAGUGACAUGUAAAGAAUUCUGAGAGCACACCACAGAGAACAAGGAGGAACAUUGGUGUGACUUCAAGAUGGGCAGCUCUGAAAAUGGAUAAAGGACUUUGAAGUGAUGCCAAAUGGGACAGCUAACUGGCUAAAUUAAGCACUACAUGAAUUUACAUUGUUAAUCAUGGAGUCCAAAAAGUGUCAUUGGUUUUGAAGCACCUCCUCUACGGAUCCCUCCCUCCUCAUGCUCCUCCCAGCUCCCUGCCUCUGUGCACCUCACAUCUCCAUCUGCACUACACGUGUUUUGUGUAAGACCUACAAAUCUCACACUCACAGAAAAUGAGACUGAGAGCAAUUGAGAAUGAGAUUGGAGACACUUGGUAAUAAAGAAGCUCAUUUCUUCUCCCAUGUCUUCCUCCUGGCUCUGUUGCUCGCUCACUCCCUGAGCUGCUACGCGGACUCCGUCAUCAAAACACACAGUGAGGCGUGCUGGCUUGCUCACUCGCUGUAGCUUGUGGACAACAGUGUCACACUGGAGCCAGCAUUCAAGAUGCAGCAGCAAGAGAGCAUGUCUUCUGAUUCCCUGUCAGGUGUACGGUGUCCAUCAAGACACUGGAUGUCACGUGGUCACUCCUAUGAAGAGCAAACUGUGUGGAACCCGAAGUACUGUGUGGUUGCUGACUGCCAGAUGCUGCUUCUGAAUGAGGAGGAGGUGAUUCGUCCCUUGUUUUUGCAGGAGAAGCGCUCUGCGUCAUGCAAGGUCCAUCUUCUGCGACGCACCAUCAGUGUUCCAGUGGAAACACAGUUUCCAGAAUUCCACAGCCAGCUGUCCACUGAGAGCGAGUCUCCUCCAGAGAGGACAGGACGCCGACGCAGCAUGCCAGGCAGCUCCUCAGACAAGACCACACCCGCCAUGGAGGCUACGUCCACUGCUGCCACACCAUUCAGAGUCACCGUGAGUACUGGCUUUCUAAGUCGACGGCUGAAGGGCUCGAUAAAACGCACCAAGAGUCAACCCAAACUUGACCGCAACUCCAGCUUCAGACACAUCCUUCCUGGCUUCAGGAGCGUUGACAAUGACAGAUCUCAUCUGAUGCCAAGGCUGAAGGAGUCUCGCUCCCAUGAGUCAUUGCUCAGCCCCAGUAGCGCUGUGGAAGCCCUGGACCUAAGCAUGGAGGACGAGGUUGUCAUCAAGCCUGUUCACAGCAGCAUCCUCGGGCAGGACUACUGCUUUGAGGUCACCACCUCCACAGGAAGCAAAUGUUUUUCCUGCCGUUCAUCAGCCGAGAGAGACAAAUGGAUGGAGAAUCUGAGGAGAGCAGUACAACCCAACAAGGACAACAGUCGUCGGGUGGAGAACAUGCUGAAGUUGUGGAUCAUUGAGGCCAAGGAUCUUCCAGCCAAAAAGAAAUACUUCUGCGAGCUUUGUCUCGAUGACUCACUCUACGCCCGCACCACCUGUAAACUCAAGACUGACAAUGUCUUUUGGGGAGAGCACUUUGAGUUCAAUAACCUGCCUGCUGUCAAGAGCAUCACAGCCCACCUCUACAAAGACACGGACAAGAAGAAAAAGAAAGAUAAAAACAAUUACAUUGGACUUGUCAUCAUCCCCGUCGCAGCUGUUACCGGACGACAGUUUAUGGAGAAGUGGUAUCCAGUCAGCACUCCCAACCCCCCGAAGGGCAAGACAUCUGGGCCUAUGAUUAGGAUCAAGGCACGCUAUCAGAGUAUGAACAUCCUUCCCAUGGAGAUGUACAAGGAGUUUGCAGAGUACACCACCAAUAACUACAUGCUGCUAUGCUCGGUGCUUGAGCCCGGGAUUAGCGUCAAGAACAAGGAGGAGAUGGCGUGUGCACUGGUCCACAUUCUACAGAGCACUGGCAAGGCCAAGGACUUCCUCACAGACUUGAUGAUGUCAGAGGUGGAUCGCUGCGGGGAGAACGAGCACCUCAUCUUCAGAGAGAACACACUAGCGACAAAGGCCAUAGAGGAAUACCUCAAACUGGUGGGACAGAAGUACCUGCAGGACGCCCUCGGUGAGUUCAUCAAGGCUUUGUAUGAGUCAGAUGAGAACUGUGAGGUGGAUCCAUCCAAGUGUUCGUCAGGUGACCUGUCAGAACACCAGAGUAACCUGAAGAUGUGCUGCGAGCUGGCCUUCUGCAAAAUCAUCAACUCAUACUGUGUCUUUCCACGAGAACUGAAAGAGGUCUUUGCGUCAUGGAGACAGGAAUGCAGCAACCGGGGUCGACCGGACAUCAGUGAGCGUUUGAUCAGCGCGUCCUUGUUCCUGCGGUUUCUCUGUCCAGCCAUCAUGUCCCCCUCACUUUUCAAUUUGAUGCAGGAGUAUCCCGAUGACCGCACAGCACGUACGCUCACGCUCAUCGCUAAAGUCACCCAAAACCUGGCAAACUUCACCAAAUUUGGUAACAAGGAAGAGUACAUGUCCUUCAUGAACCAGUUCCUGGAGCACGAGUGGACCAAUAUGCAGCGCUUCCUGCUCGAAAUCUCGAACCCAGAGACAAUCUCUAACACGGCAGGCUUUGAGGGGUACAUCGACCUCGGCAGGGAACUCUCCACACUGCACUCCCUCCUCUCUGAGGUGGUGUCCCAGAUGGACCAGAGUGCAGCCUCCAAGCUGGGUCCUCUGCCCAGGAUCCUGCGGGAGGUGAACACAGCUCUGUCUAACCCGUCUAGUGUCCAGAUGACACCCGGACAGUCCUCAGAGCAUAUGGGCUCGCCCCCUGCUGAGGCCGGCUGCAGCAUCUCCACUGGCCUGCAAAAGAUGGUCAUAGACAAUGACCUUUCAGGAUUAGUUGACUUCACCAGGUUACCGUCCCCUACCCCAGAAAAUAAGGACCUAUUCUUUGUGACAAGGAGCUCAGGGAUCCAGCCUUCCCCAGCACGCAGUUCAAGCUACUCUGAGACCAACGAACCUGACCUGGGCAUGUCCAAUGGCAGCAAGAGUCUGUCAAUGGUGGACCUCCAGGACCCCCGCAGUCUGGAAGGUGGCCCAGGUCCCAGCUCCCCAGACGCCCUGGGUGAAGGCCCAGCCUCGGGGGGAGGCUGGUCAGCCAGAGUCCCACAGGGCAACAUUCCUGGAGGUCCCACCCUAAGGAGGCCAGGCCAGACCCCCACCAGCCUGGGCACAGAAAGCACUCCAGGCCGACCCGCCCAGCUACUAGCCCCCCUGUCCUUCCAGAACCCAGUCUACCAGAUGGCAGCAUGCCUGCCCGUGUCCCCUCGCGGAAUGACCGACUCGGGUUCAGAGUGCCACAGUUCUGUCAGUUCCCAUAGCAACAACGAGGACGGACCAGCAGGAGGAAAGCACGGCUUCUUGAACCAUGGUGGAGGAGGAGGAGGCGGAGGUGGGGGGAGCAGCGGGGAUGAGUACACCAGACGUUCAGGGGAGUUCAACCGCCGACAGCUGUCCCUCACAGAAACACAGCACCAGCCCACCGUCCCCAGACAGAACAGUGCCGGCCCACAGCGGAGGAUAGACCAACCUCCGCCUCAGAGCAUUACUCGGGGCCGCACACCCCCAAAUCUGCUCAGCAGUGGACCCUACCCCCGCCCCUCCUCUGGCAACAUGAUGACAUCAUCCCCAGACUGGCCUGGCAGCGGCGCUCGGUUACGACAGCAGUCCUCUUCCUCCAAAGGUGACAGUCCCGAGACCAAGCAGAGGGCUCAACACAAACAGGCCCCCUCCCCAGUGAACCCCAGUGCGCUGGACCGCACAGCAGCCUGGCUAUUGAAUAUGAAUGUGCAGUAUUUAGACCAUGAGGGGAUGGAGCCCGAGUCACUGAGAAACAGAGAGGAUCUGACUCAGGUGGAGAAGUACCAGCAGGAGAUCGCAGUGCUGCAGGAGAAGCUGCGGGCGUCGGUGCAGAAGCUAGAAGAGUAUGAGGCCCGUCUGAAGGGUCAGGACGAACAAGCCCAGAAGGUGCUGAUGGAGUACCAGGCCAGGCUGGAGGAGUCUGAGGAGCGCCUGCGCAGACAGCAGGAUGACAAGGACCUCCAGAUGAAGGGCAUCAUCAGCAGGUUAAUGUCGGUGGAAGAGGAGCUGAAGAAGGAUCACUCAGACAUGCAGGCAGUGGUAGACUCUAAACAGAAGAUCAUCGACGCACAGGAGAAGCGCAUAGCAUCGUUGGAUGCAGCCAACGCCCGUCUGAUGAGCGCUCUGACCCAGCUGAAGGAGCGCUACAGCAUGCAGACCCGCAAUGGCAUCUCCCCCACCAACCCCACCAAACUGCAGAUUACUGAAAACGGAGAGUUUAGGAACAGCAGCAACUGCUAGACAGACUGGCAUCUGGCCCGAGUGAGUUUGGAGUGCCUGCGUGUGUACAGUUAUUCAAUGAGAGGACGUCUACAUGGAUGCAUGCCUAUUUGAUAGACUGCGAGGGUGUGCGUGUUUUUUUAAAAAGCGGACAUAGUACUUUUGGAAGACAUUUCCACUUUUUUCGGACAGCAGUGCAAGAGUGGGGACAUUACUCCGAAGGGUGAGCCAGAAGAAGCGGGACUUCGGCGUGACAGACAGAUCACCAAGAAAACAAGAUCACCAGACAGCCUUCAUUACGAGGGUGAUGGCCAGAGGAGACGGGGCAGAGCUUGUACAUAUGAAACUCAAAGCUGUCAAUCAGUCAAACAACUUUGUCAGAGGAUGUAUGCAGUCGCUGGGACAAUUCCCUUUGCCUAAACCUGGGACGAACCACUAUAUAACCACACACAGUGACAACCGCCAGACACGGUCACUCAAGCAACCCUCUUCUCUCUCUCUUUAUUCUUCUCCCUCUUGAAGACCAAGUGGACCCACUUAAAAACAAUAACAUGCAUUGAGGAUUAUCACUUUAGUUGUCUUGAGAGGAUUACUUUCUAGUGCUUUAUUUUAAAGUCAUUGUUUAUGAAGAACCAAAUAGAAGCUAAAAAAAAAAUAUUUUCAGUCCAAAACAAUCUUCUUUAUGACCCUUUUCACUCCUUGGGUGUGUUCCUGAGCAUCCCGUGGACUCCGCCUCCCCCCCUCCAUUCCUAUGUAGUGCACUUUGUGAAAAGCUAUUGGUACAUGAAACGCCUUAAGUAAGGAACACACCUCGACUUUAUCCCACAGCUCCCCUAUUUCUGCAAAAAAAAGGCACAACUUAUACUGUGGAUUUGUAAAGGAUACAGAAAUAAAUUGUACACACUAAAUGUAUUAUGAAAACUAAAGUAAAUGAAUUCUAUGUGAUACUAUAUUAAUGAAAUUUAAUAUAGAUGUAUGCAUUUUUUUUUCUUCUAUAGAGUAUACACACAUAUCUAUAUCUAUAUUUGAUAAUUUCAAAUAUAAAAUCAGCCCUUUAUUUAGGAGUGAGAUCUAGUUUUAUUUUUCUUUUAUGAUGAAAGACUGUAGUGUGUAGCUUGCUUUAGAGCCCUGGAGAAGGAGACCACACCGAGCAGUGAUCAGCACCAUCGCCUCAGUCAUCCUUCAAAAUCGCCAUGAUGCUUAACCCUUUACAUACAGUAUGCACCACAUCUGAGAGAAAUGUCUGUACAGUAGUUCUACAGCUCCGGCGUAGCUUGCACAACUUGCACAGUCAAGUGAUCGGUUCUUCUUCUGGUGCUUAUCAUUGCUCUUAAAGACAGAUCAAUUAAACCCAGAUUUCGAUUUUGGUUUGAUCUUGAGUCACGUGUGGUCUUCUCACUCUAGUAGCACAAGAGCUAUUGAGAGAAAUGUGUUUAGACACACUCACUCAUACUAUACACUGGACUGGUGAGCCAUUGUAAUAAUGGCCUCCUUAGUUACAACAUUUUCUCUCUUACUGCUUUGUCCGUCAGUGGUGAUGAAGUAUGCUGCAUCCAAACUGUGACUAUUAAUCCUAGUGGCAUCAUCUCUCCCCUCUUCUCUUUUUCAUAUUCACCUCCACCCUCUUUCAUCCCUUGUUCUUCUGAAUGUGAAGAUGCUAAUUCACAGCUGGUCUUAACAUGGGGUUUGGUCCUUCUAAUCUCUCCUGGCAUUGCUUGCAUUGCGCCAUCUGUAUUUUGUAUAUUUUUGUAUUCAUUUUCUUACCUGUAACAGACUGUAUACAUCAAGCGUGAGGCUCUGCAUGCUUCAUCCUUGCUCUAGAGCCGAUGGUAGCGUCAGUAUCACCAUUUGUUUUCUUUUGUUGCCAAGUGGAAGGUGAUGAUGAUGAUGAUGAUGAAUGGCUUGCUGCAAACAUAUACAGUGAAUAUAUAAUAACUGAGUGUAUUAAAAGGCUGGACAGCCUGGGAAAGUGUAAAUAAAAUGCUCACACUAUUUUUACCUAAUGUUAACAGAGCUUUUUGUAAAUGUAUCUGUGCUCAAACUCUACUGUAUCAUUAUGGAUAUUGUAAAUACAAAAUAGCUCAGUCGGUCAUCUGUCCUCAUUGGGUAGACCUAUACAAUUAAAUUAACCUGUCAGUGUUCUCCCUGUUAAAGCUAUUGUUUUUGUAUUUAGAGUGUAAUAUCACUAGCCAAAAAACUGAUUAAGUAGGAGUUUGACUCUUGGGAAGUCGUGGAGGAUGCCUUGUUGGUUUCAGGCCAAGCUGAGUCCAGUCUCGAUGAGAUUCACAAGCACAAUCCCGUAUUUCUCAUCAGUCUAGCUCUAUGCACUUUUACGUUCAGUGGUUGGUGUUUUAUAAUUAGCAGCUUUUUGUUUUUGUUUUGUUUUUUUGCAUAGCACCUGGUUCAGGUGUUUAAAAAUGUGGCAAAGUUCAAAACCGAAGAAAGGGAUUUUUGGUAUAGCUCAUUCACAAACCGUAAUAUCAGAUAAACCGUACUAUUUAUCUUUUUCCUGUUUGAAUAGAAAGGAAUAGCCUCAGACUGAAGAAUCCUCUGGGGGGGCAAAAUCUGAGAUAAAGGACUUUCCUCCUCAUCAUAUCUUACCAGGCAUUCAGUCCUAAAACAAUAUUGUACACCUGCAGAUAUUAAAGUCAGACUAUGUUAUUCAUAUAAAUAAUCUAAUAAAACACACUAAUGCUCAAUUCAAUACAUUCAGAAGUUUCACUGUUAACUUACAGCCUUAACACUACUUCAUCUGUUUUGACCAGUAGCUUUUGGUGGCUAAUGUUAGCUAACAUUAACAACUUUUUAUGACUCUUCACUGUUACAAUAGCUUAGCAUUUUAGCUAAAUGCUAAACUGCUGUUUAGCAUUUACACUAGCUAAACAGUUAUUUGGUCUGUUAUGACGAAUAGCUUUUCAUGGCUAAAGUUAGCUAAUAUUAGAUACAUUUUACUGUAUGAGGCUCAUUACUGAUUCAGUUCACUGAAUUUGACUCUCCUUCACGUGUGCUACUUUUACAAUAGUUUAGCAUUUUAGCUAAAGUUACAAAAGUUACAUAGUCUUGCUUUAAACUGUAGUGUACAAUAAUAAAAGUUAACCAAUAUAAGGCUGUCAUGUAUGCCGCAUCAGUACAUGUACAAAAAGUAAAGCAGAAGACACACUCUAAUGCUUGGUUUCUAAUUGAACUUCUCAGCCACCCAUCCAUUUUCCCACCUCAGUUAUGAGUCAGAAAACCAUGAGCUCACUUUUCACACGGUUCAGCCAGUCUGACAAAAGUUCAUUAAAAAUAUAAAGCUAUAAAUAAAGUAAAAGAUGUUGUAUGUUUUCUAUUAUCUUGUAGAAAAUACUUUUGUAAGUAUGUUGAAAGUAUAAAGUAUUUGCUGGAUUCUGCUUCCUUUGACGACAGUGACAAAACAAUAAUGUACAGAGGAAUUUGUGUUGACAAAAUGUGGCUGUGCAAUUUAUGUACAUUUGCAACUAGACCUAUUAAAGUUUUAUUUAGCUAUUUUAAAAUCUCA